AUUCUUGUCUUCUAUUUUUUGCGAUGUCUUCUGGCUUUUGUGAGCUGUAUUUGUGAACUUUACUUUUAUAAGGCUGUGUGCAAGAAAUUUGGGCUGCAUGUGAGUCGAAUGAUGCUGGCUUUCUUGGUGCUUAGCGCCGGCAUGUUUUGUUCAUCUUCCGCUUUCCUUCCCAGUAGCUUCUGUAUGUACACUACGUUGAUAGCCAUGACUGGAUGGUAUAUGGACAAGACUCCCAUUGCUGUGCUGGGAGUAGCAGCUGGGGCUAUUGUAGGCUGGCCAUUCAGUGCGGCACUUGGUUUACCCAUUGCCUUUGAUUUGCUGGUCAUGAAACACAGAUGGAAGAGUUUCUUUCAUUGGUCACUCGUGGCCCUGAUUCUCUUUCUGGUGCCUGUAGUAGUCAUCGACAGCUACUAUUAUGGGAAGCUGGUGAUUGCACCUCUCAACAUUGUUUUGUAUAAUGUCUUCACUGCUCAUGGACCUGAUCUUUAUGGUACAGAACCCUGGUAUUUCUAUUUAAUUAAUGGAUUUCUGAAUUUCAACGUAGCCUUUGCUCUGGCUCUGCUGGUCUUGCCGCUGACUUCUCUCAUGGAAUACCUGCUGCAAAGGUUUCAUGUUCAGAAUUUAGGCCAUCCUUAUUGGCUCACCUUGGCUCCAAUGUAUAUUUGGUUUAUAAUUUUCUUCAUCCAGCCUCACAAAGAAGAGAGAUUUCUCUUUCCUAUUUAUCCGCUUAUAUGUCUCUGUGGUGCAGUGGCUCUUUCUGCACUUCAGAAAUGCUACCACUUUGUGUUUCAGCGAUACCGCCUGGAGCACUAUACUGUGACAUCGAAUUGGUUGGCACUAGGAACAGUCUUCCUGUUUGGGCUCUUAUCAUUCUCUCGCUCUGUGGCACUGUUCAGAGGGUAUCAUGGGCCCCUUGAUUUGUAUCCAGAAUUUUACCGAAUUGCUACAGACCCAACCAUCCACACGGUUCCAGAAGGCAGACCUGUGAAUGUUUGUGUGGGAAAAGAAUGGUAUCGGUUUCCCAGCAGCUUCCUUCUGCCGGACAAUUGGCAGCUUCAGUUUAUUCCGUCAGAGUUCAGAGGUCAGCUACCAAAACCUUUUGCAGAGGGACCACUGGCUACCCGGAUUGUUCCUACUGACAUGAAUGACCAGAACCUAGAAGAGCCAUCCAGAUAUAUUGAUAUCAGUAAGUGCCAUUAUUUAGUGGAUUUGGACACCAUGAGAGAAACACCCCGGGAGCCAAAAUAUUCAUCCAAUAGAGAAGAAUGGAUAAACUUGGCCCACAGACCAUUCCUUGAUGCUUCUAGAUCUUCAAAGCUGCUUCGGGCAUUCUAUGUCCCCUUCCUGUCAGAUCAGUAUACAGUGUAUGCAAAUUACACCAUCCUUAAGCCUCGGAAAGCAAAGCAAAUCAGGAAGAAAAGUGGAGACCGGAGAAGAGCAGAACCAACUUACACGAAGAAUUGAAAAUCCCUGGACUGGAUGGCUGUGUUAAGCUGUUCUCUGCACUCUGGCCUGGCGUCCGAGAACUAGCAAGCCUGUCUUAAACCAGAUGGGCUUCUUCACCAAAGCUGUUUGGCAACUCCAAGCAGACCUUUCUGUUCAAAUCCUAGUGCUGAAAAGGAGCACAGGCUAGUUGCCAACUGACAGGUCCUUUUCACCUCCAGCAAGGCUAAACUUCUAUAUAGCACUUCACAGGACUAGGACCCUGUCCUGGAGCUAUCUCAGGAAAAAGGUCGCCAUUUGAGGAACU